UUUGACAAGAUCCAGAUUUGUAGAAGAAACAAACACCUUCACCGACUGAUUCCUCUUCCUUUCUCUCUCAAUCUCUCUCUGUCCCGUUUCGCAUUGCUCUGUUCUGUUCCUCUGCAGGAAGCAAAUCUUUUCAAUUUCAUGCUGCAGCUGCUUCAAUCAACAACUUUGUGUUCACGUGCCUCAAUUUUCAGUUAGAGUUUUCAUCCCUCCCUUGCAGAUUGAUCCAUCAUCAUCAAUCAGUUCAACUCAUUCAUGGAUUUGGAGUUUCAAUAUCAAGAAGAAUACUGGAGGAACUCAAGGGGAGUGCAACUCUUCACGUGCAAAUGGUUGCCUUUCUCUUCUCCGAAGGCUCUGGUUUUCCUCUGCCAUGGUUAUGGCAUGGAAUGCAGUAGCUUCAUGAGAGAAUGUGGAGUGCGGCUAGCGUGCGCCCAAUACGCUGUUUAUGGCAUCGAUUAUGAAGGACAUGGGCACUCUGAAGGUGCUCGUUGUUACAUACACAAGUUUGAAAACAUCGUUAAUGACUGUUAUGACUUUUUCAGAUCAGUUUGUGAGCUACAAGAGUAUAGGGGAAAGGCUAGGUUCUUGUAUGGAGAGUCCAUGGGAGGUGCAGUUACUCUACUUUUGCACAAAAAGGACCCUUCAUUUUGGGACGGUGCUGUUCUAGUUGCACCCAUGUGUAAGAUAUCAGAGAAGGUGAAGCCACACCCGGUGGUGAUCAACUUAUUGACUAAAGUGGAAGAUAUCAUACCGAAGUGGAAGAUAGUUCCCACAAAAGAUGUCAUCAGCUCAUCUUUCAAAGACCCUGCCAAGCGAGAAAGGAUAAGGAGAAACAAAUUGAUAUACCAGGACAAGCCCAGGUUAAAAACAGCAUUAGAAAUGUUGAGAAUCAGCAUGAGUCUAGAAGACAGCUUAUAUAAGGUGACACUACCAUUUUUUGUGUUGCAUGGAGAAGCAGACACAGUGACUGACCCUGAAGUAAGCAGGGCACUGUAUGAGAGAGCAAGUAGCAAAGACAAGACCAUAAAAUUGUACCCUGGAAUGUGGCAUGGCUUAACUUCUGGGGAGCCUGAUGAUAACAUUGAAAAGGUUUUUGCAGACAUCAUAACAUGGCUAGAUAAGCACGCCAACAAUGAUUUUGUAGAACCAAUUGACAGUUACAACUAUGGCAUUGAGAAAGUCACAACAGCAGCAUCAUCAGGUAAGAUUGUGGAUCAGCAGCAGAAAAACAGGCGAAGAAGCUAUCUUUGUGGGUUGAAAGGACCUCGCUUGCUACACCACUCGGCAAUGUAGAUUGUAAUUAUGUGACCAUGUAGCUAUAUUGUUUUGCUUUGGCCAUAUAACAUUAUAAAGUUUUGUAUGUUUGAGAAUCUUUCAGCAAUCGAUUUCAGUGACAUAAUUAAUUAUGGAGAUCAGCUUCUGUGAGUAGUACCUUCUAAUUAAGUGUCAAAAUUAAUGAUUCCUGGGAAAAGAGAAGCUUAUCCAAACAAGGUCCAAAUUGUUUUUGAAAGUAAAAGCAUAAUGUGAAAAGCUUACAUGUGAUUA